AUGGAAGGUUCAUUGAGGAGAAAUGCAAUGGAGGAAGAAACUCCCAGAAGAGGUGGAGGAUCAAUGAUAGAGCUUUUGGGUAAACAGAUAGAUGAAUUAAAGAAGCGAGGGGAGCUAGUCGCACAUAACAAGAACUCUCCAUUUAGCAAUGAUAUAUUGACUCAUGUGGUAGAGCCAGGGUUUAGAGUACCCGACCUGCAGAAAUAUGAUGGAACAAAGGAUCCCCACGAGCACAUAACUGCAUUCGAGCUGGUGAUAAAUUUAUAUGGGCAACCAGGUCCUAUUAUGGCUAAGCUAUUUGUCACUACUCUUGCAGGAAAGACUCAAGAAUGGUUUACUAGCUUGCCCAGUGGAAGUGUUGAGUCAUACGAGCAGCUCAUACAAAAAUUUUCUUUCCACUUCGCCAGUAAGAGAAAGCAAAAGAGUAUUUUGAUACACGGAUUGAAGAAAGGCCAAUUCACUUUUGCACUUGCACGCUAUCCCCCUGAUGAUGUAGAACAGUUAAUGGCCUUGGCACAAAUGUACAUUGACGAGGAAGAAAUGAACGCUAUGAAAGAUCUUGAGCGUCGAGAAAGGGAGCAAAUAUAUCACAGACCUCAGGAAGCAAGUGAAGGCAGGGGUACACGAAUGAAGAAUGACAAGCCGAGGGAGCCAAAGUAUCAGCCCAAGUAUCACACUUAUACUCCCUUAACUGUAACGCGAGUAAAAGCCUUAAUGCUAGUGGAGAAUGCAGAUUUGCUGAAGUGCCCUAUACAUACCAGGGAUAUUAGGGGAUGCAAGACGGGAAAAGACGAAGUCAGAAGAAGUCGAUCAAGGAUUCAAGACCGCAAUCCAGGUCCUAUUAAGACAAAUAAGGCACCGGCGAACAGAAGUAAUGAACCAACGAAAGGAGUAAUAUAUACGAUCGCUGGGGGCUCAAGUGUAGGGGAUUCAAAGAGAACUAGGAAAAGUUCAGACCGACUUGGGGAUACUGGAGCUAUGAACGAUCCGAUGGUCAUCAAGUUGGAUAUAGCCAAUUUUACCGUUCAUAAAGUGUUGGUUGAUAGCGGGAGUUCAGCAAACAUUAUUUUUAAAAGCGUGAUCGACAGAAUGGGGCUAAAAAAUGCUCGGCUGGAACCACUAAAGACCCCUCUAGUAGGACUUGGAGGAAGUGAAGUCGCGUUGUUAGGAAUGAUCGAACUGCCUGUUUCUAUGGGAGUGGAGCCUAAACGCAGGACUCUAAUGAUGAAAUUCCCCACGGAGCAUGGAAUAGGUGAAGUAGUUUGUGGCCAGAAGGAAGCUCAGAAAUGUUAUAAUCUUUCAGUGAAAGGGGAAUAUGGACAGAAAAAGAGAUAG